UUAUUAUAAUUUUUUAUAAUUUAUCAAAUCACUCUCCAGCUAUGAGCUUAGAGCUUCUGUUCAAGCUAAUGAGAUAGAGAAAUUUCUCUGGUGUUUUCUUUUCCCUCUCUCGAAACACUUUCACCGAUUCGUGACGAGGUGAGCGGAAACGACAACAUAUUUUGGUUCAGCUGAUUAUUUAGAGCUUCCAAAACUCCUUUCUUUUCAACAUUAUUUGGGUGAUAGAUUCAAGAUUGGCUUCUAAAUUUUAGGGUUCUUGGUGGUUCGUUUCUUGAGCUAAAGGUGUACCAUUUUGGGCGUCAAGCUGGCUAUGGACUACGAGCCCUAUGAUAGCAGUGGAACUGAUGAUGAUCUUCCCCCAUCACAUCAAAGUCGAAUCCCUAGAGGGGGACGUGUGGCUGGGAAUGGAAGACCAGUUGCACCUUCUAUGCCGUACCCUAGGAUGUAUGUUGAAACUGAUAUGGAGACCCAGAUUCAUCAACUUGAGCAAGAAGCAUACAGUUCAGUUCUAAGAGCCUUUAAAGCUCAGGCUGAUGCCAUUACUUGGGAGAAGGAAAGUUUGAUAACAGAGCUUAGAAAGGAGUUGAGAUUAUCUAAUGAGGAGCAUAGAGAGCUUCUUGGCAGGGUUAAUGCUGAUGAUGUCAUACGCAGAAUAAGGGAGUGGAGACAGACUGGUGGGCUUCAAUCUGGCAUACUUGGUACAGGUCAAGCUGUUCAUGAUCCAAUACCCAGUCCUACUGUCUCUGCAUCUCGCAAGAAACAAAAGAUUACCUCAUCUCAAUCCUUUGGUGGUCCAUCUCCGUCAUUUCACCCACAAGCUGUUUCUGCUUCACAUCAGCCAUCUUCAUCAACUGCUAAACGUGGACCUGUUUCAGGAUCAAAGAGCAAGAAGCAAAAACCUGGUUUACCCAGUGCUUCAUCAAUGAAGUCCAUUCCACACCUAUCCUCAGGUCAAUCUGGAAGGGGUCAAGUGGCAAAUAGGGUUUCUUCUGGUGCUGCUCCUGAAGGAGCUACAUCAGAAUCAUUAAUCGGGAAGAAAGUCAGGACUAGGUGGCCUGAUGAUAAUAACUUUUAUGAAGCUGUUAUAACUGACUACAAUCCAGUUGAGGGGCGGCAUGCUUUGGUGUAUGAUAUUGGCUCGGCAAAUGAGACAUGGGAAUGGGUUAAUCUUUCAGAGAUCUCUCCUGAGGAUAUACAAUGGGAAGGUGAGGACCCUGGAAUCCCUCAUCGAGGGGGUUAUGGUGGAUCAGGCCAUGCAACGAAUAGAUCAGUAGGUCGGGAUAGUAUUCCCGGUGUAGGAAGAGGUAGAGGUGUCACAAAGGGUCAAUCCAGAAAAGAUUUAUUGCCAUCACAGAAUGGAAUUGGAAAGAAGUUGCCAGAUGAUAUACAAAUUCUUCACACUGAUACUCUAAUCAAGGAAGUGGAGAGAGUAUUUGGUGCAAAUCAUCCUGAUCCUCUUGAGAUUGAGAAGGCAAAGAAAGUAUUGAAGGAUCAUGAACAAUCACUUGUUGAUGCAAUUUCAAGGCUUGCGGAUAUUUCAGAUGGUGAAAGUGAUGAGGGAGGCCACCACUAUGGGCAGGCAAUGGAGAGAGAAUGAUGGGAUCAGUUUUUGAUGGAAUGCUGCAUAUCUUAUACUUACAGUUAUAAAAAUGGCUGGAGAAAGAGAAAACUUGAGAUGACAAAAGAUGGGGUAGAAGAGACUGUUGGGAUCUUAGAGAGAUAUAUCGGACUUGAAGGUCAUUUCCUUGUAUAAUACUUUCUAUAAUUAUAUGGGAUGACUUUGGGUUUGGGUCGUUUAGAGUAGGUAUUGUUGUAGGCAAUCAUAUUAUUGUAGCCAGUUGAUAAAUGCUUAUUUAGCGGUAAAAUCUUUCACUUUUGGGAAGUUUAACAUGAUUUGGGAAGUGAUUAGUGUGCUCAUGAUGUAUAAAUUUUGUUUCAUUGCUACAUUUUUUUUUUA